CUUGUCAGAGCCUACUUCUGAGCGGUGAUGGCAUUUCUAAUAGGAAAAGCAGUGUUUCGUGUCGUGAAGCCACUUUCUUCCAAUAGCUUCGAGAAUUUGAUUGCUCUGACCUGAUAUCACGGUUCUCCCUUCGCAGUUUCCUGCUGUUGAUCAGAGAGUCUGAAGACACGGUUGAGGGGAUGUUUGAUGGAUACCUCUUAGCAGGUGGAGAGGUGGAAGUAUACGUUCUGUUCACUUAUUUUGACCUCACCAUGUUUUCUAGACUCUCCAGUGGCAAAAGUCCAACCCCAGGGAGGUGGUGCCAAGUGCUUUUUUUGUGAAUGUGCACAGGGUUCUGUGGGUUCUAUUUUUAACCGAUACUAUCUUGUAUUUCUCAAUGCAUUUGCACCAUUUCAGGGGAUCCCUCUGUACUUUGUGCUCCAAGCUGGAAGUUAAUCCUCUUGUCAUCACAAUAAUGUGGCUGAACGGGAUAGUAUGGCUGAAUGGGGAGAAGGGUAGCUACUUGGUUAAUAAAACAGAAUUAUAGUGUCAGGUUGCUAAUUUAUUGAGCUAGGAGUCGGGCAUUUUGAUUGGACAUACUGAAACAAAGAUUAUACUGUGUACCCCUGCAUAAAUAAAGUGUACAAAUCCAGGAAUUUGAUCCUUAAGUAAACAUUCCAAAGGAGAAAAGUAAUGGUUUGGAUCUAGAGCCUGCUAAGAAUUGCCAGAAGGCAACAAGAACUCUUUUGUUAGGUCCUUGUAACUUGAGGGACUGGAGAGGAGCACCUCCUUCAUACCGCUCAGGAAGGCUGAAGGUUGACUUCUUAGGCUUGAGGAAUAAAAUCAGCAACAGUUGCCUGGGAAGUGGAGGCCCCCAGUCACAUGUCAAGACCAAAGUACAAACAAAGAGACCCUUAACUGGGGACUCUGGGGAAGAAGUCCACGCCUGUCUGCCCCUCUGCUUCCCGCUGCCUCCUUGCUCCUAGAUUCAUCUCUGUGCAGUCAGCACUGCCCCUUUUGCCCACUUUGCAGUGAUAUUACCUGAUUUCCUGUGUUUACACCCCAAAGUGAACCUUCUGGUACUCAAGACCAGCCCAUGGAAGAAUCAUAUGAAGAAGCGGUGGUUAACGUCAUAGAGCAGGAGUGGACAUGUUUGGGUUCCCAACAGCUACCCUGCUGGACUGUCAUGGAAGAUAUGCCCAGAAUGUAGCAUUUUUCAAUGUGAUGACAGAAGCCCACAAGUAUGACUCAGAGGCCACAGGAUCUUCAAGCUGGGAUUUCCAGAGUUCGUUCAGAAGAGAGAAGGUGGAACAGAAGUCCCCAGAUUCUAAGACACUACAGGAAGACUCACCUGGAGUGAGGCAGAAGGUCUAUGAUUGCCAGGAAUGUGGGAAAUCUUUCCGGCAGAAAGGUAGUCUAACAUUGCAUGAGAGAAUCCACACUGGCCAGAAGCCCUUUGAGUGCACCCAGUGUGGAAAAAGCUUCAGGACCAAAGGCAAUCUAGUUACACAUCAGCGGAUCCACACAGGAGAGAAGCCCUAUCAGUGCAAAGAGUGUGGGAAAAGCUUUAGUCAGCGAGGCAGUCUAGCUGUGCAUGAGAGACUCCACACUGGACAGAAACCCUAUGAAUGUGCCAUUUGCCAGAGAAGCUUCCGGAAUCAAAGUAACCUUGCUGUUCACCGAAGAGUUCACAGUGGCGAGAAGCCCUAUAGAUGUGACCAGUGUGGGAAGGCUUUCAGUCAGAAGGGAAGCCUGAUUGUCCACAUCAGAGUUCACACAGGUCUGAAGCCCUAUGCGUGUUCCCACUGCAGGAAGAGCUUCCACACCAGGGGCAACUGCAUUCUGCAUGGGAAAAUCCACACAGGAGAGACACCCUAUCUCUGUGGCCAGUGUGGGAAAAGUUUCACUCAGAGAGGGAGCCUGGCUGUGCACCAGCGAAGCUGCUCACAGAGGCUCACCCUGUAACCACUCUUCAAAGGAAUUCCUUAGGGAUUAACAAUGCAAAACCCUCUGUUGCCAAGAAGUUUAUCUAAUUCUAUAGGGUAAGUGGAAAUUCUUCCAGAAGGACCAGCAUUUCAUAGGGCAACUGACUUUUUCCCUUCCCCCAAAUGAAUAUGAAAAAUAAAUGUCUUGUUUAUCAUUAUU